AUGAAUAAUCGUUUAUCUAAGAACUUGAACUCUAUUCAAAAACCCGAUUUAAAAGAUCGAUAUUGUUCGGAGUGUCGACGAGAAUGGAACAUCAACCUCAAGCUUUGUCCUACAUGUGAUAUCAAAACCUGGACAAGCGAAGAUACACAAAUCGAUGAAUUUAUUCAUGAACAACAACUCAACUGUAAAAAUUUCUAUGAUUGGUUUGAAGGGAUUUCAUAUGAACAAUUUACCGAAGUCAAAUUUAUCAAAGAUUUUCAAAAUCUUAAAAUAUCUAUAGCAAAAUGGACAAACGGACCUGUAACCGAUAUUUAUGAAAAUACAAACGGAGAUAAAAAAUUUAAAAGAGCAAAAAACAGUUUCAUCCAAUUGAGUGAAUACUUAAACAUAGAAUAUUUCUAUGAACAAUUAAAGGUUGACAUUCCUGAAAAAACAUAUCAUAGAAGAAAACUCGCAAUUUCACGAAAUCCUAUUACACAAAACUACAUAUUGAUCACGGAGUUAAUGUACUGUAGAACUUGCUUACAAAAGCUAAAUGCAGAGAUCUGGAAAUGCCCGAUUUGUGAUUUUCCAUCGUGGACCAGUGGUGAUAAAAAAAUUGACGAAUAUUUAAUUGAAGCACAACGCAACUUAAAUAAAGCUGAAUGGCCCAUAUGGAUUCCGUUUAAUCGAUUCCGAGAUAUUGAGCAUAUUGCGGUAGGCGGUUUUGGAAAGGUUUCAAAGGCCACUUGGGAAAGGCCAAACGAAGACCCUGACAUAUUAACUGUUGCUCUCAAAGAGAUUUUUGAUUCUCGUAACUACAACCUAGAUCUUAUAAAUGAGUCACAAAUUCAACUUGAUGAUCUAUGGAAUUACGCAAGAUCCGAAAUCAAAGAAUUUUAUUCUCAUGAAAUGGACGAAGAUAUUAAAAGCAGAAGAAUUGACUUUUUAAAGUCCAAAACCGAGUUAAAAAUAGCAGCAGGUGCAAUAUACAAAAGUCGUCCACUAACUUUAAUGAUACAAACAGCAAACAGUAUAAGUGUGUCAUUGUCUAACAUAGAACGAACACAAUAUACAACAAAAGAGCUUGAGAUAGAUAAUGCAAAUGAAGAAACAGAUAAAAGUUGCCCUCUCAAUGCAAUCGACGAGAUAAAUGAAACAGAUAAAGAAAAUAAAGAAAUAACGAUCUGA